AUGGGUCAAGCCAAUGGUCGUAUGACCGAUUCCGAAGCAUCUCUUCAGGCUAGUUCUGUCACUUCCCUCCCACCCACGCCUAUGCCAGAACAUCCCGAGUUCCACCACGCUCCCCACUCUGCCCCUAUCCUCUCCACCAACGCAUUCUCCAACAUGCCGAAAGCUCUUCAUCGGAGUCUAUCCAAGAGCCGACGCGUCACGCCGCCCAAGUCGAAAGGCCACGACCAAGCUUCGCCUCCGGUGCCUUCGGUACCAGCGAUAGGGAGUAGCGGGAAGUCAUUGAAGAUGCUGGGAAGGCUGGGCGUGGACGAAGAGUUGAAGGCGUUUGAGGCGUUGGUCCUGCAGGCUGAGGCGAGGGCUGGUAUAGCCCAACCCCAAGCUCGGUCGAUGAAGCGGCACUCCAAGUGCACCACUGUUCCCUCCGUCUUUUCCCACCAUACCCCCGCUGCCUCCCUCUCCACCACCGCUCUCAAACUGACCCCACCCCAUCUCCGCCCAGCACUCUACCGCCGAAACUCCACCUCUUCUUCGAUCCACUCUUCCUCGCGCGGCAGCUUCAAGUCUGCUCGUCGGGCCGAACGGGAAUGGCGAGCAAAGGUGGCGGCUAUUUCUUCUGGGUUCGGGCCGGGGAACAGUCCUAGUAAAGAAAGGGCCAAGUCGAGUCCGCUGGCGAGGGGUGGACCGGUACCGCCGAGGAGGACCAACACGCCCGGCAAGAUGGCUGUACCCCGUCCUUUCGGCACAAGAUCCGACUCCUCUCCACCUCCCACCGCAGCAACACUUCUCACGCCUCUCUCUUCCUCCAUCCCGUCUCCAUCUCCCAACGACUCUCUUACGCCCUUCCCAUCCGCCAUUCACGAUAGGUCCGUGGCCAAGUCCAUCCAGGGCCGCAAGUCGUUCGAGACUCUCGGCCACUACCUUCAUGUACCGGAGGGGAGGGAUAGGCAGGCUAGUGUGCCGAAUAGUGUGUCGGUGAAGGAGAACGACGAGCACGCGGAAGAGGAGGAUGGCGAGGGCGAGCGAGAAAGGCAGCUCUCCGUAGCCGCCAGUACCCUGCUCGCAUUGGAAGGCGCCGGCCGGAGGAUCGCAGAGGCAAGGGAAGGUGACGUGAAAGAGUUGUAUGUGUUUCAGUUGGAAAAGCCAAAGUCAGAGGUGGAAGAGAAGGAUGUGGAAGAGAAGGAUGUGGAAGGUUCCGUCACUCAACAUGAACCUCUCAAGCGCGCCAUCUCACCAACGUCAUCCAUUCCUUCCCUUCCUACGUCGUUCUCUGCCUCGCCUUCAGCGUCUGCGGCAACGUCACCAAACCCUACCAUCUCUCCUCUCCCAUCACUCUCUCUUCCCGCCGAGACCGACUCUCAUACGGCUAUGAUCGACGAGCCCCAAACGCCUCUCACCUCCACCGGUCUUUCUCCCGCCUCUCCCUCUUCUCCUCCAACUCCUUACUCCCCAGCUACAGCGUACAUCUUGAGCGCGCCUAUGGAGAGUCUAGGGUGGAAUGAGGCCAUGCUGUCAGCGCCGGUGGCUAGUGCGUUGGCAUCGUCAGCCCCGGUGGGAAAGACUUCCUUCUCCGAACUGGGCGACAUUCGAGAAUGUGAGGAGCUCCCGGUCACCCCUGCCACUGCCGGUCAUCCCUACACAUUCGGCAAACAAGAUUCUCCUCUCGCUCCUACGCCUCCCCGGAAAGACACCAUCCCGAGGCUUUGGGAAAGCGGUACCCCUACGCAGCGAACCUUUCCUUCGAGGUCUGUCCCCGCUCCUACUUCACUGGGUGCAUCUGGGGCGUUUUCGGAAUCGGAAAAGGGGUCGACAGCAGUGGUCUAUCCUCGCAAGAAACCCGCCGCUUCGACUUCUGCAGCGCCAGCUUCUCGCGCUCUCCAACCCCGCUUCGCCCAAGCUACCGUCCCCUCCUCCACCCCCUCUUCUUCGCGCCCCGCCCCCUCCUCCUCCUCCUCUUGUCGUACUGGCCUUACACCCGCGCAAAAGGUCAAGAUGGAAGCUAUGGGCAGUCGGCACGCGCCACCGCCGGGCGGGAAGGGGAUGAAGAGGGUGGUGGGUGGGAUUGAUCUGACGCCUGGGAUGGGGGUGGACGGGAAGAGGCCGGGGAAGAGUGGAUUGCCUAGGAGCGAUCUCGAGAGGUGGCUGCAAGGAACCGCCGGGGCUUGUUCGGCUUGA